UGUAAUCACUAAUCAGUAAAUUAAAUUAUCAGAAUUUAAUGAUAUAUUUUAUUUAAAUAAAAAAAAAAUUGUAAUUUGUAUUUUAGACUUUAGUACUUUAUGGCAUUUAAUAUUAAAUAUUUAUGUUAUUAAAAUUACACAGUUGAGUAAAGUAAAUUGAGAUAAUUGAGUUCGAAUGUUGUAAUAAACUAGAUCGCUCGAUAUUUUACGCUACACUAUUUUUAAUUCAAUUAUAUUUUGUAUAACUUGCUGUGAUGACCAUUAGUGAAGAAUUAUUAAAAUCUAAAUUAACAGUUACACUUGACGCAUCGUACGUGAACAAUCAUUUCUCGUGAAAGCAGGUGUCUCAUUUUGAUUUAUGAGUUUAUAUUGUGAUACAAUGAUUUACAAAAACUUAAUACCUAUAUACUUGAAAAAAGUACUCGAUGAAAAACUUAUUUUAAUGAUUGCUGUAUUAUUUCGUUGGUUUGUCGGCUUGCAUGAUUAUUCUGGAAAAUCAAAAACUCCGAUGUAUGGUGAUUAUGAAGCCCAACGGCAUUGGAUGGAAGUUACAGUUUCUCUACCAACCACUCAAUGGUAUUUUAAUUCAUCUGACAAUGAUUUAUUGUAUUGGGGUCUUGACUAUCCACCUUUGACAGCUUACCAUAGUUAUUUAAAUGGCUUAGUAUUUAAAAAAAUUCUUCCAGAAUCUGUUCAGCUUAAUACAUCUAGAGGUUUUGAGUCAAAGUUCCAUAAGCUUCUCAUGAGGUAUUCUGUGCUUAUAGUUGACUUAUUGAUAUUUAUACCAGCUGUUUAUUGGUUUUACAGACAGUUUUUCAAAAUUAAAAAUAAUAACCAAUUGAGUCAAACAAUGAUCAUUGCGAUGACGUUGUUGUAUCCCGGGUUAAUAUUAAUAGACCAUGGACAUUUCCAGUAUAACUGUGUUUCUCUAGGUUUAUUCGUGGCUAGUGUUGCUAGUAUGUUUACCAACAAAACCAUCCUAACUUGCUUUUUGUUCAGUAUGGCUCUAAACUAUAAGCAAAUGGAGUUAUACCACGCUUUGCCAUUUUUUUUUUAUUAUAUUGGAUUUGUUUAUGAAAUUUAUAAGAAACAUUCAUUUAUUACAGCUUUAAAGACAUUAUCUAUUCUUGUAUUGAGUGUUACAAUGGCAUUUCUAUUGUUAUGGCUUCCUUUUAUUAGUGAUUCUAAACAAAUGUUUCAAGUCAUACAUAGAAUUUUCCCGUUAGAACGAGGUGUUUUCGAAGACAAAGUUUCCAACAUAUGGUGUCUAAUUAAUGUUCUAUAUAAGUUGAGGGAUAUUAAUAAUCAAACCAUGGCUACCAUAUGCCUAUUAACGACAUUAAUUUCAGUAUUGCCCACGAGCCUGGAUCUUAUAAAAUAUCCUUCUAAAAUAAAAUUUUUACUUUCGUUGAUUAAUUGUUCAUUGUCUUUUUUCUUAUUUUCUUUUCAAGUCCAUGAAAAAAGUAUACUUUUGGUUGCCAUACCAGUUUUAAUGUAUGCUCCUCAAAAUGCAUUUAUGUGUACUUGGUUUUUGUCAUUAACAACAUUUAGCAUGCUUCCAUUAUUGAUAAGGGACAAUUUAUUGGUCCCAUUCAUUUCUUUAUCAUUAAUAUAUUUUAUAGUUUACAAUAAUAUUGAACAAUUAAUUACACAUCAAAAAAAUACAUCAAAAUUACAUUUAUUACGUAACUUUUCAUUAUUUGGCUGUGUCAUUUUAACUUUUUGUGCCAUAGCAUUAAAACCGCCCCAGAAAUAUCCACAUUUAUGGCCAUUGUUUAUAUCUGUUUAUAGUUGUAUGCAUUUUAUUUUGUUUUUAAUUUAUUUUAAUUUUAGUCAAUUAAUGUUACAUGUUCCAAAAAAAAAAUUAUAUUAGUUUACUUAAAAUAGAUUUAUGUUUCAUUAUUGGGUUUUAUUAAUUUAAUUUUAAUGAAUAUUAUAAAAUACCUAAUAUGUUUUCAUAAUGAAUAUCAUAAUUUAUUCUAAAAACUUAAACUUGAAAAUUUGUUUAAAUGUUAAAGAUGUAUAUUGUAUGUUUUGGAAAUUAAUCUAUAAUAUUGUCUAUAUAAUUGUAAAUUUGUCACCUAUUCAUAAUUAUAUAAUUCAUUUUGUAUACUGAAAAUACUUAUUUUAUAAUUUUUUUUUUUCAAGUAGUUUUUAAGAUAACCCAAUGUUUUAAAUACAUUGGUAAACUUAUAAAUAUGGCAUCAUUAUUAAUAUUUUAGUUGAUAUCAAUGAUUAAACUAGUUAUUGUACAAUUAUUAAAUAUAAAGUAAUGAAUUAUAUCAAUGAGAAAAUAUUAGUUUUAUUCUUUUCGAUUACCUUUAACUUAUAUUAUAUUAAUGAAAAAUAUGCAGAACAUACUUUUUUUCUCUGUCAAUGAUGAUUCCGAUGGAUGUGGUGCUAAAUUUAGUGUAGUUGUGGUGUCUGAUAAAUUUAAUGGUAAAACAUUAUUACAACGUCAUCG